AUGGCCCCCACGCUGCAGCAGGCGUACCGGAGGCGCUGGUGGAUGGCCUGCACCGCCGUGGUGGAGAACCUCUUCUUCUCUGCCGUGCUCCUGGGCUGGGGCUCCUUGCUGAUCAUGCUCAAGAACGAGGGCUUCUAUUCCAGCUUGUGCCCAGCCGAGAACAUCACUAACAUCACCCAGGAUGCACAGCUCGAGUGGCCCAGCUGUGAGAGCCAGGAAAAGAUGCUCAACCUGGGCUUCACCAUCGGCUCCUUCGUGCUCAGCGCCACCACCCUGCCCCUGGGGAUCUUCAUGGACCGCUUUGGCCCUCGGCCCACACGGCUGGUGGGCAGCACCUGCUUCGCUGCAUCCUGCACCCUCAUGGCCCUGGCCUCUCGGGACACCCAAGUUCUGUCUCCAUUGAUAUUCCUGGCGCUGUCCCUGAAUGGCUUUGGUGGAAUCUGCCUAACGUUCUCUUCACUCACGCUGCCCAACAUGUUUGGGAACCUGCGCUCCACCAUCAUGGCCCUCAUGAUCGGCUCCUACGCCUCUUCUGCCAUCACGUUUCCAGCAAUCAAGCUGAUCUACGAUGCCGGCGUGGCCUUCAUGGUCAUCAUGUUCACCUGGUCAGGCCUGGCCUGCCUCAUCUUUCUGAACUGUGCCCUCAACUGGCCCAGCGAAUCCUUUCCCUCUCCUGAGGAAGGCAGCUACACGAAGAAGAUCAAGCUUACUGGGCUGGCCCUGGAUCACAAGGUGACAGGGGACCGCUUCUACACCCAUGUGGUCAAUGUGGGCCAGCGGCUGAGCCAGAGGGCCCCCAGCAUGGAGGAGGAUGACAUCUCCUCCCAGGACACUCGUGGAAAGCCUCGGGAGAAGUCUGUCCCCUUCCGCAAGAGCCUCUGCUCCCCCAUUUUCCUGUGGAGCCUCCUCACCAUGGGCAUGACCCAGCUGCGGGUCAUCUUCUACAUGGCCGCCAUGAACAAGAUGCUGGAGUUCAUCGUGACCGGCGGCCAGGAGCAUGAGACCGUCUCCCUGAAGCAAAGAGCGGAAGAGACAGUUGGGUUCUACUCUUCCGUCUUUGGGGCCAUGCAGCUGCUGUGUCUACUCACCUGCCCUCUCAUUGGCUACCUCAUGGACUGGCGGAUCAAAGACUGUGUGGACAGCCCCACUGAGGGCAUGGCCCUCGACGAUGCCAGGGACGGGAUUGCCACCAAGUCCGUGAGACCACGCUACCGCAAGAUCCAGAAGCUCACCAACGCCAUCAACGCCUUCACGCUGACCAACAUCCUGCUGGUGGCUUUUGGCGUCACCUGCCUCAUCAACAACUUACACCUCCAGUUCGUGACCUUCGUCCUGCACACCAUCGUCCGAGGCUUCUACCACUCGGCCUGCGGUGGCCUCUACGCGGCAGUGUUCCCGUCCAACCACUUUGGGACGCUGACAGGCCUGCAGUCCCUCAUCAGCGCUGUGUUCGCCCUGCUCCAGCAGCCGCUCUUCAUCGUCAUGGUGGGAGACUUGAAAGGAAACCCCUUCUGGGUGAACCUGGGCCUCCUGCUCUUCUCACUGCUGGGAUUCCUGCUCCCUUCCUACCUCUUCUACUACCGAGCCCGGCUGCAGAGGGAGCACGCCUCCGGCUGGGAGGGCCCCCUGAAGCCGCUGAGCAGCCCCGAGGUGACGGCGUAG